UGAAAUGCAAAUUCAGAGAAUCUUUAAAAUCAAUUACAAACACUCUGAAAGCUUCAGUGAUUUGAAUAUGGCAGUAGCUGCUAAUGAUAAAAGAUGUUCAAAAAGCUUUGUGCAUAGAAAAGUGAAAGUAAAAAAAAUGUGUUAGGGAAAUGAACAGAAGAGUCUCAAGUGAGGGACAAAGCAAUGUUGUCUGAAGCACGUUAAUACAGCAAGGGAGAUCAAAGGGUGUGAUGUCACUUUAUAGAGAAACAGGUCAGGCAAGCCCAGGUAAUGCAGGAAGCAGGAUACUAAUUAUUCACAGAAGAAAGUCAGGUAUAGGGUUGCAGUGCUACAGUAGAAAGUUUGGAGGUCAAAACCGGCACAGUAACUGACUCAACUUGAAACUGCUUGGCCAGUUGAUAAAGAAUUGUGUGGGUUUUUUUAAAAAUGGGAGAGAAUGAAGCAAGUUUGCCCAAUUCAUCCUUGCAAGGUAAAAAAAUGGCUUAUCACAAAGUGAAUGCAGACCAGAGAACACAGGGGCACUCUCAGUACCUUGACAAUGAUGACCUCCAAGCCACCACGUUGGAACUAGAAUGGGACAUGGAAAAAGAACUGGAGGAGCCUGGCUUUGACCAUUUCCGAGUAGAUGGUGCAAUCGAUCAGCAUUCGGGAAAUUCACAAAACACCAACAUUGAUCUUGAGCCUAUUCAGCCCUCGGCAUCCCCUAAAGGAAGAUUUCAGCGUCUUCAGGAAGACCCGGACUAUGUGUCACAUUAUACAAGAUCAGCCCCAAAGAGCAACCGCUGCAACUUUUGUCGAAUAUUUAAACUCUUUUGCACUGCUUUGACUUUAUUUAUUUUUGGAAUUUUAAUAGGAUAUUAUGCCCACAAAAAAUGUCUGCCUUCUCCUACUCCUUCAGAACCAAGUGACCCUCACUUCUACCAUGAGAUUCUCAAGGAAAUCAAAGCUGAAAAUAUUCAACAGAUUUUCAGAGAUUUGAUACAGCUGCCUAGGAAAGAAGAAGAUACAGACAUUGCAAUGAAACUUCUGGUUCAAUGGACUUCUUGUGGCCUUGAAGAUGUUCAGCUAGUAAAUUACUCUGUCUUGCUUGACCUGCCAGGCUCUUCUUCAAAUACAGUAACUUUGAAAAAUAGUGGUGAAUGCUUUUAUCCGAAUGGACAGAAGUGUUACAGGGAGACCAAAAAGCUUCACAGCCAAGACCUUCUGUACUCAUAUGCUGCUUACUCUGCCAAAGGAACUCUCGAGGCAGAAGUCAUUGAUGUGCGGUAUGGGACUGCAGAUGAUUUGGUCCUGAUUCAAGCCAUGACAAAUGUCACCAAUAAAAUUGCACUUUUGAAGUUAGGACAAUCACCUUUACUUUAUAAGCUUUCUCUGUUAGAAGAGGCAGGGUUUGGAGGUGUUCUUCUUUAUGUUGAUCCUUGCGAUUUACCAAAGACUAAAAAUCUUAGUGAUAAGGCGUUCAUGGUUUCCCUAAACAAUGGAGGAGACCCAUCAACACCAGGCUAUCCCAGUAUUGAUGGAAACUACAGAGAGCACCGAUCGAACCUGACCCCACUGAUAGUGCAACCGAUAUCGGCACUGCUAGUAAAACAACUUGUUGGUUUACCUGAGGACAGAAGCAAAAGUGAUGGGUGUAUCCCUCUCAAACUACCGGUGACAGAAAAGAGAAUAAUCAAUCUAAAUGUUCAGGCAGUCCCAACAUACAAGACAAUUUCUAAUGUUAUUGGAUAUUUAAAGGGAUCUACGUUUCCCGAUAGAUAUGUCAUAGUUGGUAGCCACCACAACAAUGUAGAUGGUUUCAGUGGACAAGAAUGGGCCAGUAGCACUGCUGUCAUCACAGCAUUUAUACAAGCCUUGAUGCUAAAAGUCAAGAGAGGCUGGAGGCCUGAUCGGACCAUUGUUUUCUGCUCAUGGGGAGGAACAUCAUUUGGCAACAUUGGCUCGUACGAAUGGGCAGAGGAUCUCAAGAAAGUUCUCCAGAGAAAUGUUGUGGCUUAUGUUAGUCUCCAUAACCCAGUAAGAGGCAACUCAAGCUUGUAUCCUGUAGCAUCACCUUCUCUUCAGCAACUUGCAACUGAGAGACAGAGCUUCACCUGUCUGGGGAAAAUGAAGUGCCCAGUAUCCAAUGUGAGUUCUGUGCAGAUCCAGGGUGAUUCUGAUUAUUUCAUCAACCAUCUUGGGGUCCCGACUGUGCAGUUUUCUUAUGAAGACAUCAAAACAUUAGAGAGUCCAAGCUUUCUCUUUGAAGCUCUCUUUCCUACACAUCACACAGUAACUCAAGAGCUGGAUCCCUCAUUCAACCUGCAUGAGAUGAUUGCUAAGCUAACGGCAGAGGUGACUUUGCAAAUUGCCAGUGAACCGGUUCUGCCCUUUAAUGCCCUGGACAUCGCGUUAGAAGUUCAGAAAAGCCUUAAAGAUGACCAACUAGACACUCGGCAGUUGCUGGCAAUGGCUUCAAGACUGAGGGACAGUGCAGAAUUAUUCCAGUCAGAUGAGAUGCGUCCAGCUAAUGACCCCAAGGAGAGAGCACCUAUCCGAGUCAGAAUGCUUAAUGAUGUUCUCCAAGGCCUGGAGAAAAACUUCAUAGUUCCACAAGCUCCUCCAGGGUUUUACAGAAAUAUUCUUUACAGGCUGGAUGAAAAGAUGAGCCAAUUUUCUGUACUACUAGAGGCACUGGAGCACUGCAAGCUACAUCAGUCAAAUGAGACCCUUCAAGCAGCCUUGUCAAAGGUGCUAAACAGCAUCAAUUCAGCUCAGGUUUACUUCAAAGCAGGACUUGAUUUGUUUGAGACUUCCUUUGCUGGAAAGAAAUGAGAGAACUCUCAGCAGCCUAAGAAGUUUGUUUACAAUUCACUAAGCAAAAGUUCGAGCUGGACCAGAAUUUCUUUAAGAUUUAAACCUUUUUCAACUUUUUUUUCCAGUUGAUAUUUAAAGGUACGACAGUGUAUGUACUAAUAACUUUGACAGUCUUUUGCACUGUUCACAGUAUAUCCCAAAUGUCUCUUUGAGAAUGUGUAAAAACAUACUAAGAGGGGAAUAACACUCAAGAUUUGUUUUUUUAGAAGGAAAUCUGCUGUAUUUUUAUAUGUAAAAUAUAUUUUUAUGACUAGGGCUCAGUCUUGCAAAGUGCUGAACACUUCCUGCAAAAUGCAAAGGGCCUAAUUUUUAGAGGUGUGGCACACUCCACUGUACGUAUAUGGGAGCUGUGAAUGCUUGGCACCUCAGCAUAGCAUGACUUCAUUCUCUUCAAUUUCAUUGGUUCACCCUUAAGUCCUCCAGACUUUCUGUACUUCCCCAACCAACCAGCUUGGUUCUUUCUCGUUUGUUUGGGGUUGAAGGAUGUGGGUUCGUGCUAUUGGUGUUCAGGUCCUGCAGGAUUAAGGAGGAGGCACUUAAUACUUUGCAAGUAGAGUCCGGCAUUCUGAGACAAUCCUUAUUCCUGUGGAUACAUAGGCUGUGUCUACAUUGGCACCCUUUUCCGGAAAAGGGAUGCUAAUGAGACCAGUCGGAAUUGCAAAUGCC